AUGGUGGAAUGGAACAGCGAAGCCGUGUCUCUGGACCUCAUGGAAAUGCAUAUGGCCGUUCAGAACCGAGUCCGUCUUCGCCGACGUGCUAAUAGCAUCGGCGUUACCACAGGUCUGGGCCAUCAGGACAACAAAUUAUCAUCAUUUCCACCAGAUUAUUUGGAUGGCGAAUUCGAGUCUUCGGGCCUGCUCCUGUCGAACGACGGUCGUUCUUUGCCUCUGACCUCAACCUCAACUGUUGUGCGCCACUCGGAGUCGUGUGUAGCUUCGAGUGGCGUGGAACACUUUCUGAACAUCGGUUCUGACAUAAUCUUAACUGAAAUCUCAUGUCCUCUUAUUUGGAACAUUCUUCUUGUUUUAUGCUCCCUGUUCUGGGCAAGCAGACAAACAUAG